AUGUCGCUGACCAACACAAAGACGGGCUUUUCUGUCAAGGAUAUUUUAGACCUGCCUGACACCAACGAUGAGGACGGAUCCGUGGCAGAGGGGGCAGAGGAAGAGAGCGAGGGAUCGGAGCCCACCAAGAGAACCGGGGUGCUGGGACCGAGCGCCCUGGAAGCAGUUCAGACCCUGCCCCUGAAAAAUCCUUUCUACGACAACAGCGACAACCCCUACACUCGCUGGCUGGCCAGUACCGAAAGCAUCCAGUAUUCCUUGCACGGGCUGGCGGCUGGGGCGCCCCCGCAGGACUCCAGCGCAAAAUCUCCGGAGCCCUCGGCCGACGAGUCGCCGGACAACGACAAGGAGACCCCAGGCAGCGGGGGUGAAGCGGGCAAAAAGCGGAAGAGGAGGGUGCUCUUCUCCAAGGCGCAGACCUACGAGCUGGAGCGGCGCUUUCGGCAGCAGCGCUACCUGUCGGCUCCGGAGCGUGAGCACCUGGCCAGCCUUAUCCGCCUGACUCCCACGCAGGUGAAGAUUUGGUUCCAGAACCACCGCUACAAGAUGAAACGGGCGCGGGCCGAGAAAGGUAUGGAGGUGACCCCCUUGCCUUCCCCGCGCCGGGUGGCCGUACCCGUCUUAGUCAGAGACGGCAAACCCUGCCACACGCUCAAAGCUCAGGACUUGGCCGCAGCCACCUUCCAGGCCGGCAUCCCCUUCUCCGCCUACAGCGCCCAGUCGCUACAGCAUAUGCAAUAUAAUGCCCAGUACAGCUCCGCCAGCACCCCUCAGUACCCGACAGCGCAUCAUUUGGUGCAAGCUCAGCAGUGGACUUGGUGA